AUGAUGACGUACCGUCUGCUGUGCGCCCUGUUGGUGCUCGCCCUGUGCUGCUGUCCAUCCGUUUGCGUGGCAGUAAGUGAAAUUAAUGAUACCCCCACUGCGGUCCCCGCUGUGCCAAAGGUACCAGGGGUACAGGAACCAGUUGAGAAGGGAGUGGAACAAAGCGAAAGAGUAGAGAAGCCAGUUAUUGCGGCCGGUAUGGAAAACACACAAGGUAUGGUAUCCGGUGGGUCUUCCAACAGUCAAGGUGCUUCAGGUGUGUCCGGUCAGUCCACGUUACAAACUCCUGGAGUUCCGCUACAGCCACCUACUGUACCAACCGUUGCGUCAGGGGAACAAAGUGGGCUGAUUGUACCCGAAAAAAAAGAAGAGAAGAAGACGACUGCAUCAACGACCACGACGACCACAACCACAAAGGCACCAACCACCACCACGACGACCACUACAACAACGACGACGACCACUAGGACUACGAGUACGACAACUACAGAGGCGCCAACCACGACGAUCACCCGCACACCGUCACGUCUUCGCGAAAGCGACGGCAGCCUCAGCAGCUCUGCGUGGGUGUGUGCCCCGCUGCUGCUCGCCGCAUCCGCGCUGGCGUACACCGCUGUGGACUGA